AUGCCGCUUAUGCUCAGCGAAGAUUCAUACUGCCCGAGCGACAGCCGGUCAGUUCCCUUGGCCAUUGUCGGCUUUGCCUUUGAGUUUCCCCAGGAGGCGACAUCCAGUGAAAGCUUUUGGGAGAUGAUUCGCCACGGAAGAUCCGCCAGUACGGACUUCCCCACGGAUCGGAUGAACAUCGAGGCGUUCUACCACCCGUCGAAGGAUCGGCCUAGUAACCUACCUGUUCGGGGAGGAAACUUCAUCCGAGAAGACCUGGGAGCAUUCGACGCUCCUUUCUUCUCCAUCACGCCCGGAGAGGCUGCCUGUAUGGAUCCACAGCACCGACGCAUGUUGGAAGCGACAUACCACGCAUUGGAAGAUGCUGGCAUCCCAAUUGAGAAGUGUUCCGGCACUAACACGGCCGUAUACACGGGGUGUUUCACCAAUGACUACCAGAGUGUCCUACAGGAGGACUUUGAGCUCGAAGCCACCCACGCCGCGAUGGGAAUUGCCUUCUCAAUGCUAGCCCAUCGGGUGAGCUGGUUCUUCAACUUCAAAGGUGUCUCUAUGAACCUUGAUUCAGCCUGCUCGAGCAGCUUGGUCGCCUUGCACCUAGCGGCUCAAGAUCUGGCUGCGGGAAAUUCUUCCAUGGCACUUGUUGGGGGAGCCAACAUCGUUUUCCACCCACAUUUUAUGAAGAUGAUGUCUUCUUUCAACUUCCUCUCACCCGACAGCCGAAGCUGGAGCUUUGACCAGCAGGCCAACGGCUACGCGCGUGGUGAAGGCAUUGGCAUGCUUGUCGUGAAGCGACUGUCUGAUGCUUUGCGUGAUGGCGACUGCAUUCGCGCAGUUAUUCGCAACACAGGCUCAAACCAGGACGGUCGAACCCCCGGUAUCACGCAGCCCGACGGGUCCUCCCAACUCGAUCUAAUCAAGCGGACCUACGACCAGGUAGGAUUGGACAUGGGUCCAACGCGCUUCUUCGAGGCCCACGGUACCGGAACCCCAGUGGGGGACCCCAUCGAGGCCAACGCUAUCGGUCAGGCCUUCAGUCACUGCCGGUCUGUCGAGGACCCGCUGUAUAUCGGUGCGGUUAAGGCUAAUAUCGGUCAUCUGGAGGGUGCCAGCGGUUUGGCCGGCCUAAUCAAGACCAUCCUGGUUUUGGAGCAUGGCAUUAUCCCCCCGAUUGCCGGGUUCCGCACACUGAACCCCCGCAUUGAUGCCAACCAGCUCUGUUUGAAGUUCCCCAAGGAAGCUAUCCCCUGGCCUACUACCGGCCUGCGUCGUGCUUGCGUCAACUCAUUCGGUUUCGGCGGUACCAACUCCACAGUUAUCCUGGAUGAUGCCUACUAUUAUCUGGAGCAGCAUGGACUCAAGGGAUAUCACCAAACGCAACCAUGUUAUAUAGCACCAAGUCCCACACUGCAAGUACUAGCUGCUCCGUCAGCAUCUGAGACGACCGUCAAAGUGCUUGUCUGGUCCGCUGCGGACCAAACUGCUGCGGAAAAGCUCAGCGCUGCGUAUCACGACACCAUCCGCCAGUGUCCUCCAGAGGAGCUGUCAGACUUGGCCUACACCUUGAUUUCCCGUCGGAGCAGAUUUCCUUGGAGAGGUUUUACGGUCACUGGUGGUCAGCAACUGGAGGCCGUAAAGCCCGUACGAGCAGGCGAUGGAGUACAGCUAGCCUUUGUGUUCACAGGACAAGGCGCACAGUACCUGGGAAUGGGGAAGGGCCUCAUCUCGGUGCAUCCGGUGUUCCAACAAACAGUCGACCUCUUGGAUGCUGACCUUCAUGCCCUCGGCUGCUCGUGGUCCCUGCGCAGCUUGUUCGAGGGCGACAGCCAUCUGCCCAUCAAUCAGCCAGAGUACAGUCAGCCAGCAACCACCUGUCUACAGAUCGCUCUGGUCGAUCUGCUUCAAAGUUGGGGCGUCCAGCCUGCCAUCGUUGUGGGUCACUCGUCCGGCGAAAUUGCCGCAGCCUAUGCAGCCGGUGCCUUGUCGCGCGCCACGGCCGUCAAGAUCGCCUAUCACCGUGGCCGCCUAUCCUCGCAGCUGGCAAGCCAAAGAACGGAUCUGUCAAUGAUGGCUGUCGGCGCCUCUGUCUCAGACAUCCAGCCCUAUCUGGCUCGUCUUGACCAGCCCACUGCAGUCAUUGUGGGCUGCGUCAACAGCCCAACCAGCAUCACCCUCACUGGGUCCAUCGCCCAGCUGCACACUCUCCAACAAUGGCUUGAGCAUGACUCCAUAUUUGCCCGCAUGCUGCGUGUCCCCAUGGCCUACCACUCGCCCGCCAUGAACGCUAUCGCGGCCGAGUACCGCGAGGCAAUGGGUGACCUCUUGCUCCCAGAUCUCAAGGCAAACCCACGGUAUACUACUACCACCACCCCGAUGAUCUCUUCGGUAACACAAGCCCUCGUCACCCCAAACGUCCUCGCCAGCGCAGACUACUGGGUCCGAAACCUGACUUCACCCGUAGAAUUCUGCGGCGCUCUCUCAAGCCUUCUGUUCGCGGAAUCAUCAUCCACCUCCUUCCCCAUCACUCAUCUUCUUGAAAUCGGCCCUCACCGUGCCCUCCAAGGCCCCAUCACCGACACCAUUCGCGCCUCAGCAGCCUCCAAAACAGCCACUAAGGCAACCCCUCCUCGCUACCUCUCCCUCCUGGACCGCAAAGUUCCCGCCUCAACCACCCUCCUCCAGGCCACUGGCCACCUUUUCUGCGCGGGCUUCACGCCCAACCUCCUCCUCGCCAACAAUCUCCCCCAGCCCAAACUACGGCCCAUCCCCUCCCACCGUCUCCCCAGCUACCCCUUUAACCACAGCCAAACCUACUGGAAAGAAAGCCGCCUUGGCAAGAACUUCCGCUUCCGCACACACCGCCGCCACGACCUUCUCGGCACCCGUAGCCUAGACUGGAACCCGCAGAUCGCGCAAUGGCGCAAUAUCAUCCGUCUGCGCGAGGUCCCCUGGCUCCGCGACCACACUCUCGACGGUCAGAUUCUCUGUCCAGGAACCGGGAUGCUCCUCAUGGCUGUGGAAGCUUUUCGCCAGCUUAGCCCGACGACCACACCGGGUAUCGAAAUUCGGGACGCGCGAUUUCUACAUGCCUUGCGGGUGCCCGCGGAGACGGAGCAGGUCGAGACACAAUUGACGCUGAUUAACGAGGGAUCGGAGUGGAUGAGGUUCAGGCUGUUUGCGGUGGAAGGCGGGAGCUACGUGGAGUGCUGUGAAGGGAGGAUCCGGGGGGCAGCAGCGGAUCAUGAGGAUGAACUUGAAACGCUUGUGCUCCCCAGUACUGUUACCAAUGGGCAAUCGGUGCAGGAGUGGGUACAGCAGGUGAGGAACGGUUGCUCCCAGCCAUCGUCGCAGGACAUCUACGAUGGCUCGACGGGCAGCUCGCUGCAUUACGGCCCGGCGUUUCAGAGCAUCAAGCAGCUGCGGCUGGGACCGGGUGCCAGGGCAGUGGCGGCAAUUGACUUGGAGAGCUGGAAAAGGGUCAUGAGUGAGGAGGACGCGCCGCCGUAUGCCGUGCACCCGUGUACCAUGGACGGGCUGGCGCAGUUGGUCGUGCCGGCGCUGAACCACGAACAGCGCGACACUUUGCCGACUAUGGUACCAGCGCGGGCAUCCCGCAUCUGGAUGGACCUUCGUAAGCCGGCAUUGCUGCACCAGGGCGAGAUCCUGGCUGUCGCACAAUGCCGGCUGCGGGGCCAUCGUGGCGCCAGGUUCGAUGUGGUAGGCAUGAGUGUGGACGGGGAUCGGCCGCUGCUAUGUAUGGAAGGUCUGGAAACCUCCUUUAUUGAGGCGGCGAAGCCAACAGCAGUGAUUGGCGAAUCCUCGCGACAACGCCAGCUAUGCACCAGCCUGGUCUGGCGGCCUGACGUGGAUAUGCUUGAUCGCGAGCAGCUGCGCGAAGAGGUCUGUCGCGACCGACCGUCAGAAGCUCCUAAUGCGCUGGGCCGGUUUCGAUCUUUGCAGGUGGCGACGCUUGGAUAUGUGAUCGAGGCAAUGGAGUACCUGGCGCAGCAUCCAGAGGUGUCCGUACCUAACUAUCUCCAGCGGUACGUAGCCUGGAUGCACUACCAGCGGCAGCGACUUCAGGGUAGUCCCGAAUGGACGGCGGCACAGAAGCUGGCGCAGGAUCCGGAUGCGCAGGCGCGCCUGGUGCAGGAAGUGGAGGAUGGCUGUGGCACAGAAGGACAAUUCUUCAUGACUGUGGGACGGCAUUUGAUUGCAGUGCUGUCGGGGACGGAGGAUCCGCUGGAACUACUAUUCCGUGACGGGAUGUUGCACCGGUACUACGAGCAGAUGCUGGCGGAUGCAUACCACGCUUACCCAGCGUCGCGUUACCUCGAGCUGCUGGGGUUCAAGAACCCGGAGCUGAGGGUGUUGGAAGUCGGCGCUGGCACGGGGGGUCAGACGCUACGGUCGUUGCAGACUCUUUGUCCCCCGGAUGCACCGGCGCAGUGUUCACUGUACGAUUAUACCGACAUCUCGCCAGGGUUCUUCCCCGCCGCCCAGCGGAAGCUUGCAGAUUAUAGCCCCGUGGUGCGCUUCCGCACGUGUGAUAUCUCGGUGGAUCCGGUCACGCAGGGGUUCGAGGAUGGGAGUUAUGAUUUGGUCCUAGCCUCGCAUGUGUUGCAUGCAACAGAUCGGCUCGAUGAAUCGCUGCAGCAUGUCCGGCGGUUGCUGAAGCCCGGAGGCAAGCUUUUGCUGUUCGAAUUCACUGAACCUAACUCGGUACACAUUGGCUUUGCAUUUGGGCUGUUGAAGGACUGGUGGAGUCCGCUAGAUCAUGAGGAGCGCUCAGCUCACAGCCCCUGUCUGAGUCCGAUCCGGUGGGAUGAACGGCUGAGGCAGAACGGGUUCUCAGGCGUGGAGGUUGAAGUCCCCGGGCAAAGCUUUCCGGAAUGCCAAUAUCUAAGCAUCAUUGUUUCUAGCGCAGACGUACCUGACAAUGAGCAGCCGCAGCCACAACAACAGCAGCAGAUCGUGGUACGUGAUCCAUCGAUUGUGUCGCAAUGCGAGAUGGCACAUGAACUGGGCGGGCAGAUCUGUUCUUUAGCCGAGGCAUCAGAACUGGACAUUCCCGCGGAUGCCAUGGUGGUGGUGCUGCUUGAGAUGGAGAAGACAUUGUUGGCCGAUUUGUCAGCCCACGACUGGACGCAUUUGCAUGCUGUCCUCUUGCAGGCCAAGAACGUGCUGUGGAUCACACAGCCGCCAGCCGAGAGUCCGAAUCAGAUUCCCCAGCAUGGAGUGGUUGAGGGAUUCGGGCGCGCUCUGGCCUCGGAAGAUGCCACCCGCAAGUUCGUUACCCUGGCCCUAGAUGGCCAGGUCUCGUCAGCCCGUGCCACUGAGACGGUCCACCACCUUGUCACCGAGAUCAUGCGUAACCCGGUUGAUGCUGUGGAGACUACCUACUCCACCACGCACGGUGUGAUCCAUAUCCCCCGUGUCAUGUCAAAUGACCCCAUGAACGAAAUCGUAUCCCAGGCGACCAUGCCUCGUCGGACCAAACAGUGGACCCUGGAGGAUGGAAGCAAGCCUGCCGCUGCUGCAACCCUGUGCAUCGGACCACCGGGACGUCUACAUGAGCUGGAGUACCAUGAAGUGGCGGAGCACAAAGGUGAAUCGGUGGCAGAGGACGAGGUAAUCUUCGAUGUGCAGGCAUUUGGACUGAGCCCGCGCGAUGUCUUAAUGGCAGCCGGGCAGCUGGAUGCAGUGGCCUUGGGCAGCGCCUGUGCUGGUAUUGUCCGUGCCGCAGGAAGCUGCACAGGGUUCCUGCCCGGCGACCGGGUGUGCGCCGUGGGCAACGCCAUGGCCGCGUCGCUGAUACGCACCUCAGCUCGCGCAGUGGUCCCAAUCCCCGCGAAUUGGAGUUUUGCACAGGCGGCCGCCGUGCCAAUUCCCGCGUGGCUGGCCUUUUACGCGUUGGAUUGUGUGGCGCGGCUGGCGACGGACGAAACGGUGCUUGUACAUCAUUCGGUUGGUAACAGCGUCCAACGCAUGGCCAUACAGCUAGCCAUGCGCCGCAGUGCACGCGUCUUAGCCACCGUGCCCAGCGAGAGCCAGAAGACUAAUUUGUGUACCGCCCUUGGGUUGGCCGAGACCGAGGUCUUAGUAGUUACCAAGGACGCAGAGCUCGCGCCAGCCCUAAUGAAGCUGGCGAUUCGUGGCAUGGAUGUCAUUGUCGGCUCGGUCACAGACGAGCGUAUGUCGCAGCACCUCACCUCUGGUGGCCGCUUGGUUGAUAUCAGCUGGGGUGAGCAGCAACAACAACAGUCGCCGCUGCAACCUUUUGCCCAACGUGCAAAUACCUCUUACACCCGCAUCAACAUGGCUGAGCUCCUACAGCAGCGUCCACAGCGCGCUUACAACAUCUUCCAAGAGGCAAUGGCUGAGUAUCCGGGCGACCAGCCGCCGCAGCCGCAUGUCUAUACCGCCGGUUCCGAGACGGAAGCAUUGCAGCAGGCGGAUCUGAUGGGAGGCACCGUCGUGACGCUUGACGCUGGCCGUUCCAUCCCCGUUAGUUGUAUCACUCGCCCCAAAUCCCAAUUUUCAGCUGAUGCCUCGUACGUGAUCGCCGGAGGUCUUGGUGGGCUAGGACGCAGCCUUGCGCGGUGGAUGGCUAGUCGCGGGGCGCGGCAUCUGGUGCUGUUGUCUCGUUCGGGAGCGCGUACAGCGGCAGCGCAAGCAUUGGUAAAGGAGCUCGAACGGCAAGGUGUGCACGUAGCAACGCCUGCAGUCGAUAUCAGUCAGCGAGAGUCGCUCGAGCAGGCGCUAUUGGAGCUAAAGCUCACGAUGCCGCCGAUCCGGGGAUGUAUCCAGGCGACAGUGGCCUUGCGCGACAACAUGUGGGAAAACAUGACGCAUGAGGACUGGUCGCUUAGCAUUGGCUCCAAGGUUACCGGCUCGUGGAAUCUACACUGGUGUCUACCCCGCGAGCUGGAUUUCUUCGUGCUGCUAUCCUCGCUGAGUGGCCUCUUCGGGGCGCCCGGUCAGUCAAAUUAUGCAGCUGGAAAUGCGUUCAAGGACUCUCUUGCGCAUUACCGCAUCGCACAGGGCCUCAAAGCGGUAUCCAUUGACUUGGGUCUGAUGCUGAGUGAGGGAAUGGUUGCUGAAAGCGACUUCCUGCGGUCGAUGCUGCAGCGCAAUGCCACGCUGAUGGAUAUUGCUAUCGAGGAGAUGGUCGCCCUCUUCGACUAUUACUGCGAUCCAACUCUGCCACGGCUAACCCAUUCGACUGCGCAGGUCGUUGUAGGCAUUGAGAUGCCGUCGGUUGCUUUGGCCAAGGGCCUCGAUUUGGACCAUUCGGUCUACCGGCCGAUGUUCCGCCACCUGUUCCAGAUGGACGCGCAGCGGCACCGAAGGCAUGGGGAAGCAGAGAAGGAGAUGGCACCGAUAGCAAUGACGACUGCACUUGACCGGCCCGCGCUGCUGAAACAGUCAGCAUCUAUUGUUGAAGCUACCGAACUGGUGCUCGAGUGGCUGUCGGGAAAGCUGAGCCAGGUGCUGGGAAUAGCAGCUGCAGACGUGGAGCCAAGUAAGCCCAUUCACAUGUAUGGGCUGGACUCGAUGGUGUCGGUCGAUCUACGCAACUGGUUUAACCGCGAGAUUGGGGCUACAUUCACUGUAUUUGACUUGAUGAGCAACACGCCCCUGCGUGAACUAAGUAGGAUGGCCGCCGAACGAAGUCGUUAUCGGCAGAAGAGCAGCAACACCACCACCACAAGCAGCAGUCCAGCGGUGACACGCUCCGAUGAAAUCGCCGAGCUAGUACGCAAGUACACGGCGGACUUACCCGUGCGCUCGUCCAGGGUGUCGAUGGGUGAUGCUACUGUUUCGGAUUCGGACCGGUCGACCAUCCUUCUUACUGGGUCGACGGGGUCGUUGGGCAACUACCUUUUGCACGGCUUGCUGCGCAAUCCCCAGGUCAAUAAGGUUUACUGUCUGAACCGAUCGGACGACGCUGCAGCUCGGCAACGUCGCAGUUUCUUGGAGAGGGGACUCGAUACAUCAUUACUUGAGGACUCGAGCCGGGUACAAUUUCUGAGGGCUUCGUUUGGGGAACGUCAACUGGGGCUGGAAGAAUCGGAAUACAACCAUUUGCUAGUGUCAGUCGACACGGUCAUCCAUAACGCAUGGAAAGUAAACUGGAACCAUCACGUCUCAUCUUUCGAAGAUCCUCACAUCAAGGGUGUUCGCGAACUCAUCAACUUCAGCAUGGCAAGCCGGUAUAAUGCGCACGUGGCGUUUAUCUCCUCCGUUAAUACAAUCACGGCGUGGAAGCCAUCUGGUGUGGCAGAGGAGCGGGAUACGAUUCCCGAAGAGCCUAUGGAAUCUGCAGAUGUCGUGAUGCCUCAAGGCUAUGCCGAAGCUAAGCAUGUCGGGGAGCGGAUCUGUAUCGAGGCGUCGAGAAAAUGUGGCGUUCCAACUAGUAUCCUGCGCGUGGGCCAAAUCGCAGGUCCGAAUAGCCGGCUGGGUAUGUGGAAUCCACACGAGUGGAUUCCCAUUCUGAUCAAGACUUCCAAGUCAAUGGGCCAGAUCCCAAGCGACCUGGGUCACUAUUUGGUUGACUGGGUCGCUGUGGACAUCCUGGCGACGAUCGUGUUGGAAAUACUCCAAAGUCGCCGAGCCGCCACUGCUGCCGCCAUGGCUACUACUCCUACUAGCAGUGUCUUCCAUUUGACAAGCCCGACAGGUGUUUCUUGGAAGUCACUUAUUCCGGCCAUUCAAGAGAGGUAUCCGGUGAAGCUAGUAUCUCUCACAGAAUGGGUAGAGGAGCUGGGGCGCCUGCAGGAACUCUCACCUGAAGAAGUGGCCGAUAAACCAGCUAUUAAGUUGUUGGACUUCUACCGCCUGCUGGCUGGCGCGAAGGCAAGUCCUAGAAUGAGUCUGGAGCAAGCCAGGGCAGCCAGUCAGACCAUGGCUUCUCUAGGCCCGGUGUCCCUGGCUCAGAUGUCAAACUGGCUGGACCAGUGGAACUUUUGA